UCCCGUGCUCUGAGUCUGGGUCCUCGCAACCGGGUUGGGUCCAACCGAGCCGCCUCGAUGGAGCUGCGAGUCGGGAACCGGUACCGGCUUGGCCGGAAGAUCGGGAGUGGCUCCUUCGGGGACAUUUACCUCGGAACUGACAUUGCUGCUGGAGAAGAGGUUGCCAUCAAAUUGGAAUGUGUGAAAACCAAACAUCCUCAACUCCACAUAGAGAGCAAAAUUUACAAAAUGAUGCAAGGUGGAGUGGGUAUUCCCACAAUCAAAUGGUGUGGUGCCGAAGGAGAUUACAAUGUAAUGGUGAUGGAGUUGUUGGGACCAAGCCUUGAAGACCUCUUCAACUUCUGUUCAAGGAAAUUCAGCCUCAAGACAGUCCUUCUACUUGCUGAUCAAAUGAUUAGCCGAAUAGAAUAUAUUCAUUCAAAGAACUUCAUCCACCGAGAUGUAAAGCCUGAUAACUUCCUGAUGGGGCUAGGCAAGAAAGGCAAUCUUGUCUACAUCAUAGAUUUUGGGCUGGCCAAGAAAUAUCGGGAUGCUCGAACCCAUCAGCACAUUCCAUAUCGUGAAAAUAAAAACUUAACAGGAACUGCCCGCUAUGCCUCCAUCAACACACAUCUUGGAAUUGAACAAUCUCGCAGAGAUGACUUGGAGUCCUUGGGCUAUGUACUCAUGUAUUUUAACCUGGGCUCCCUCCCCUGGCAGGGACUGAAGGCAGCCACAAAAAGACAGAAAUAUGAACGCAUCAGUGAAAAGAAAAUGUCUACACCAAUUGAGGUUUUGUGUAAAGGAUACCCUUCUGAGUUUGCUACAUACCUGAAUUUCUGCCGCUCGCUGCGCUUUGAUGACAAACCAGAUUAUUCUUAUCUAAGACAAUUAUUCAGAAACCUCUUCCACAGACAAGGCUUCUCCUAUGACUAUGUAUUUGACUGGAAUAUGCUCAAAUUUGGUGCAAACCGAGCAGUUGAAGAUGCUGAACGUGAAAGGAGGGAGAGAGAAGAGAGACUAAGACACACACGAAAUCCAGCUGUUCGUGGUUUACCUUCCACUGCCUCAGGCAGGCUGAGGGGGACACAAGAUGUCGCGCCUCCUACCCCUCUUACCCCAACCUCACAUACUGCAAACACUUCUCCUCGGCCGGUGUCUGGAAUGGAGCGAGAACGGAAAGUGAGUAUGCGAUUGCAUCGUGGUGCCCCAGUCAACAUCUCCUCGUCUGAUUUAACAGGCCGACAAGAUACCUCGCGCAUGUCAACCUCACAGAAUAGCAUUCCCUUCGAACACCAUGGCAAGUAGCUGCUCGUCUCCUUCUCGUUGGAAAGCAGCACUGGAUUCCUGCUCUGGCGACGACCAGCGUUCUCCAGUCUGCGGUGCAUCGGUGAAAUCACACGUUGCCAUUGAGGGGCAGAUAAUGCAUGGCUGAUCUCCUAUGUUACCAAUGGCUUUUACUAGCAAAACUUCCCCAAACUAGAGCAGAAGAAAUAUUACAACUCGAUCUCUCCUUGCCACUUACUAAAGAUACUCCCAGGAACAUGGACAGAAUCCAGCAGCUGCCACUACAAGAGGCUUUGGCCAGAAACCUGAUAACCUUAUGUGAACUCUAGCAACAGGGCUGGAAAAGGAAGAGAUGGUUUACAGCAUUAACCGCCUGUUACUUAAUAGCCAUUUCAGUUCUCCCUCCACAGGCGGCAGCCUUUACCCCCUUUUUAUUGUUCUACUGUAACUAUAAAUCUUUUACUUGGUUUAAAAAAGUUUUGUAUUCAUUUUGCUAAGAUUAUUGGCUUAAAUUUCUCUGUAAAGAAUUCUGUCUCGCUUUUGUCUGAUUUUGAAACCUAUGUAGAAAUGUGAACAAUCCUGAAGUUUAAAACAUAACAAGACUUGAAACUUCUUGUAAACUUGAGUCAGGCAGGGAAUGUGUAAAUGAACAGUCUGCUUUUAUUUUACUCUGUUUACUUUUUGUAUGGUCCCGUUCUAAAGAGGAGAAGGGGUGCUCUCAAGGUUUGUUUGUUUGUUUUUAGUUUUGCUUUUGGCUGUCUUGUUCUUCCAGAUUUUUAAAAAAGCUAGUGUACAUGUAGUGUGGAAACAUUUUUAAAUGUUUGUUUCUGGUACUGUCCAAGAAAGAGCGGAAGAUGUUUUGAAGGGAGAUAGCCGUACCCACUAGAGGUGAUCAGAUCACUUCAUAUAGACUGAGGAACAAAAGUCAAAACCUCUGUGAUCAUCAAUCUGGGAAGGCUUUAAUGUUUGAAUGUACAUUCAAUGUGUGCACUGUAUAGAGGUGGAGUUAAUAUGGAGCCUUAGGGACAAGAUCCACUGUUCCUGUCUGGGUUUUGGUACCGAGGCCAAUACAAUCUGAAUGCUGCCACUGCAGUGUGAGCAGUGUUUGUAGUUGGUGUGCUUCUCUUGAGUGCGUGGAGAACAGCAAGUGCUUACAGCCUCCUGCAUUAUGCCAAGGCUCAGAGCUAUAAACAAAAUGUUCCUGCUGCAGGAUGCCAAGAUUUGAGAACAUUCAAGCCUGUUGAAUUCUUUAAUAUUAAAGUGUGCAAGUCUGGAACAGCUGGCCUUCAGCUGAAGAUAUACUUAUAUAAUGGCCAAAACACUUAUCUUAGCAAGUGAGUGUGCCAGCUAUCAAUAUGGAAGAAUCUUUGUUUUCAUGAGCAAUAUAUUUUAUCCCUCUGUAAUCUGGGAGAGUAGAAGGCAUGUGAGUCAUACCAAAUACCACUCAAGGUAAUGUCAAUCCCAUCUUGGGAAUGAAGGUGCAAUACAUAAUGUGUUGUUACUACUUUUUAAUUAACAAAUGUGAGAUUCUUGCCUCAUAAUACAACUCCAUAGUUUCCUUUUACUGUUCAUUUGCAAGCAUUUUUAAUUGUUCCAAAGUUCUGUCAGUUUCUUUUAGUUUUGUGGAUUAUUGGAAAUGAACAAGCUUGUUAUUUUUCUUUCGCUGCUUUAGAUCAUUAACCAAGUGCUUAUUUGUACGUUCAGGGUCUGAUUUGAUUCUACAAUUUGGGGGAGUGCAAUGGGAAUGUUUUUAAAUGUUGGUCCAUGGAGAAUUUUGCAUAACUGUAUCACUCGGUUACUGUAGAUGUUGGUUCUUCGGGCAUGUGCACUUCCAUUUGUACAGUUCUACACUUCCGUGUGCUUUCUUUGUAAAUACUUGUGGUCAAUGAUGUUAUGUUAGAGACUUAUAAAGGCAGCCUCUUCUCUCUAUAUAUCUGGAACCUUAAAUUGCUGUACUAUACUUAAAAGGUUGACUGAUGCAAAUUUCUAGACUUGUACUUGGUUGUGGGCAGUCCUUGCCCUUCCAUUAUAGUUAAAUCCCACCAUCACCUACUGAAAAUAUAGUUAGAAUGUCUCUCUAGACCUGUGUACUGGUAACUGGUAACCAAUAUCUCAGAACACCUCAUUUGUAUUACCACUGUAUUUGUGUACUUUAAUAAUUGUGUAAAUAAAUUCAUAAGGACUUCUAA